AUGGAGCCUGAGUACGAGUUGACGGUGUAUUAUGGCGCAUUUAUCCACCUUCCUCGGCUAACGGAGGGCCAAUCCCGGAAUAAGCCCAAGCCACAGUUGGUGCGGAAUUAUGGUGUUCUCUGGGUGUCUGCGGUUGAUGGCCGGAUCAAAGGCUUUGACUGGGAGGCGCAGCAUUACGAGGAGGUUCAGGCAUUGAUGGCCCGUAAUGGCUGGGUGAAUAUCGAUAAUCCCGAGACCAAUGAGAAGAAUAUCAACGGAGAGCAGAUUAAGGUGAAACUCGUCAGUGCCAGCAUAGAGCGCAAUGAGUUCUUCUUCCCUGGCUUCAUUGAUACCCACAUUCAUGCUCCACAAUACCCAAAUUCCGGUCUCUUCGGUUCAACUACCCUACUAGACUGGCUGGAGGAAUACACGUUCCCCAUGGAAGCAGCAUUCGGGGUCGACGACAAAAAGGAUUCCACUAACCCCAAAGAUACACCAUCAAACGCCCUGCGCAUCUACGAUCAAGUGGUCGCGCGUACUCUAGCCCAAGGCACAACUUGCGCCUCCUACUUUGCAACCAUUCAUAUCGCUGCCACAAAUGCGCUGGCUCGUCUUUGCUACAACAAAGGCCAACGCGCGUUUAUCGGCCGUGUCUGCAUGGACAACCCAUCUUUCUGCCCUGACUACUACUGCGACGGCUCAGCCGAGGAAUCUUUAACAGCAACCAAGGCUACAAUCGAGUAUAUCCACGCCAUGGACCCAAAGGGCAGCCUCGUUAAACCAAUCAUCACCCCCAGAUUCGUGCCAACAUGUACACGCCCCGUCCUCGAAAACCUGGGUAAACUCGCCGCAUCAUAUACGCCACCCCUCCACAUCCAAACACACAUCUCAGAGAAUAUUAACGAAGUCGCCCUCGUCAAAGAGCUAUUCCCCGAAUCAAGUAGCUAUGCUGGCGUAUACGAUACGUACAACCUCCUUACGUCACGAACGAUCCUCGCACACGCAGUACACCUUACGGCCGACGAGCGAAGAUUGGUUUUCGAGCGUGAUGCCAAGAUCUCGCAUUGCCCUGCUUCAAACUCUGCGCUCGGGUCUGGUAUCGCGCCCGUACGUAUAUUCCUUGACGAGGGAAUAACCGUUGGUCUCGGGACGGAUGUGAGCGGUGGGUAUAGUCCCAGUAUCCUUGAAGCAGCGAGACAGGCUUGUCUUGUGUCAAGAUUGCUGAACCACACGACUGCUUUUGAUGAAAUGAAGAACGACCACCAUUGCAAUGGAAAUGUUGACGAGACUGGACGGGAGAAACUCUCCGUGGAAGAGAGUUUGUAUCUUGCGACACGUGGUGGAGCUGCUGUCAUUGAUAUGGCUGAUGAUCUUGGUGGCUUUGAAGUUGGAAUGAUCUUCGAUGCCCAGUUGAUUCAGCUAGGUUAUGUUAGCCAGGAAGACCCGGAGACAUUGCUUGAUAAGCCUGCUGGGAAGAAUGUCAUCAGACACGGCGCUGUGAGCAAUGUUGAUAUCUUUGGAAGCGAAACGUGGGAGGAGAGAGUUCAUAAGUGGGUUUGGGGUGGUGAUGACCGGAAUGUUAAGGCUGUUUGGGUUGGUGGACGGUUGGUUCAUGAACGGGAUUAG